AUGAACAACUCUGGCUUUAUCGGCCCCAGCAGAAGUCCCCAUGACCAGAAACAGCAAAUGUCCAACAGCAGCUCCAUCACCCAGUUCUUCCUCCUGCCGUUCACAGACACACGGGAGCUUCAGCUCUUGCCCUUCUGGCUCUUCCUGGACAUCUACCUGGCUGCCCUCCUGAGCAACGGCCUCAUCAUCACCACCAUAGCCUGGGACCAGCACCUCCACACCCCCAUGUACUUUUUCCUCCCUAACCUCUCCCUCCUUGACCUGGGCUUCAUCUCCACCACUCUCCCCAAGUCCAUGGCCAAUUCCCUCUGGAACACCAGGGCCAUCUCCUACACAGGAUGUGCUGCCCAAGUGUUUCUGGUUGUCUUUUUAGCUUCAGCAGAGUAUUGGCUCCUCACCAUCACGGCCUAUGACCGCUACGUUGCUAUCUGCAAACCCCUGCACUACAGGACCCUCCUGGGCAGCAGAGCUUGUGUCCACAUGGCAGCAGCUGCCUGGGCCAGUGGGUUCCUCAAUGCUCUGCUGCACACGGCCAAUACAUUUUCACUGCCACUUUGCCAAGGAUGUUUCAUUUUCAUUGUGCUGUCCUAUGUGCAGAUCUUCAGGGCCGUGCUGAGGAUCCCCUCUGAGCAGGGUCGGCACAGAGCCUUUUCCACGUGCCUCUCUCACCUGGCCGUGGUCUCCCUGUUUAUCAGCACUGGCUUGUUUGCUUUCCUGAAAUCCCCUUCCAUCUCUUUGCUAUCCCUCGAUCUAAUGCUGGCUGUUCUGUACUCAUUGGUGCCUCCAACAUUGAACCCCCUCAUCUAA